AUGUUUGAAGAACUUCAGACUGUAUGCGGCGCCUUGGGGUCACUACAGUCCUUAGAGAUUGAUAUGACCUACAAAGGUGGAAGAAAGAAGAUUAUUGAUACUUUCGAGUUUGCUCCUCGCCUAAACUGCAUCAAAGUCAUUGGAAACUUCAAUGGAAGAGAAUUUAUUCUUCCUUGGACCCAGCUAACCUCCUACCAUGAGGGAAAGGGAAAGCAUUGGGGCAAUAAUGACAGUAUGCCGAUGAUGCUAUCCCUUCUCAAAACGACUCAGAAAUGUACAGCUCUGGAGGACUUGAAGGUGUCCUCAUUCAAUCCUCUGGACCACUUGCACGACACCAGCAAAGUGCCUCAUGUCUCCAAUGACAACAUCCAUCACUUGACAGCCAAGAGUGACUUGAUUAUUCCCUUCCUUACUCUUCCAUCUCUUCAGAUAUUGUCCCUGGACUUUGAAGUUCGCAUCACUCCUGACACAAUCCCCAAUGUCCACCUGUCUCAUCCAAUGAUCUGGCUGCUCUCUAACAGCACUCAAUCUGCAUAG